CUCAAAGAUGCGAAUCGUCUGUUUGGGACUCUUCCUUUUCAGUCUGACCUGGGCGGCACCAACCUUUCAACCACAGGCUGAGAAAGCGAAGCACGACUGUGUGGAAAAACAGAGGAUCACCUACAAGGGCCACCAUGAGAAACACGGGUAUUAUAUUUUUAAGUACGUUUACACAUCAUCUGGGAGGAAAAAUCAAACUGGCAUGAAGCAGGAAGAAAAAAAUAAAGGCGAUAUUGCUCUUCCCCAUUCUGGCAAGAGAGAAGCACCUACAGAAAACACUGGCCAGGAAAAAGGGAAAAACUUGUCGCUUCCUGGAAACAGUGAAAAUAACAAAAGCACUAAAGCCCAAAAUCUUAUUGGAAAUAGAAAGACAAUGAAUGAAGACCAGAGUAUUGGAAACAAAGAAAAUGCCCAAAAUGACCUAAAGAUGGCCAUUUAUCCUAAAUCCUCUGAGAACCACAAGGCCGAAGACAGAAACAGCGCUCUCAGCAAACUACAGGACCAAGAAGAGUAUGGCGCAGCUCUCAUCAGAAAUCACAUGCAACAUGCAAUGGAGCCAGGGGCUGUGAUUGAGCUCUUGGGGGAAGAAAACAAAGAGAACAAACCCAGGAAUGUUCUAAGCAAAAUUCCAGCAGCUGCCAACUAUGCGAAAGCCCCAUCGAAUAUUAAGAAGAAUCAUCCAAGAGGUUCCCAAGCCCAGAAUAUUCCAGUAAAAAGCAGAAGUCCCCACCGUCUCCAACACAACACCGACUACCUAAAACAGCUCCCCAAAGUCAAAAAAGUCCCCAGUGAUUUCGAAGGCAGUGGUUACCCAGAUCUUCAAGGGAGGGGGGACAAUGAUAUUUCUCCUUUCAGUGGAGAUGGCCCCCCUUUUAAGGACCUUUCUGGUAAAGGAGAAGCUACUGGUCCUGAUCGAGAAGGUACAGACAUUCAAACAGAGUUUUCCAGCCCAAGUGAAGCUGAGACCAUUCAUCCUGAUGCAAGAGGGCCAGGGUCUAAUGAGAUCCCAGAGAAGGAAGGGAAUGGCAGAGAUACCAUUGGAACCAGGGGUAAAACAGCCAAAGAGGCAAAUGGUGCCGACGUGAGCCUGGUGGAGGGCGGCAAUGGCAUCACAGGGAGCACCGAUUUCAAGAAACUCCCUGGGAAAGAAGGAAACAGAGUGGAUGGCAGCAGCCAAAAUGCUCAUCAAGGGAAAAUAGAGUUUCAUUACCCUCAUGCACCCUCAAAAGAUAAACGAAAAGGUGGCAGCAGUGAUGGAGCUGAAAGUACGAAUUAUAAUGAAAUUCCCAAAUAUGGCAAAGGCAGCAGUAGGAAAGGUCCGGGACCUUCUGACAGGAGUCAAGUGACCUCAAGUGAAAAACAAAGCUUUCCCAGUAAGGGCAAAGGUCAGGGUCAGCUCACUCCUUCUCGCGGUCUUGAUAACAACAUCAAAAAUGAAAUGGGUUCCCAUAGCGACCCCAAUAAUGAGGGGACCAUAAUAACACAUGGCAGAAAAAAUCACGAUGUACACUACAGACAAAAUAAUUAUACGCGGAGUAAGGGUAUGUCACAAAGGAAAGGCUCCUGGGGGUACAGAAAGCCCCCUUCCAACAGGAGGUUUCACCCUCCGAGAAAGCAUGACAGCAGUGAAUCCUCUGACAGUGGCAGUUCCAGUGAGAGCGAUGGUGACUAGACACUCCCAGCAGGAUACAGGUUAAAUACUUGGUCACCUGUGACUUGUGGUGUAAAGUGGAGCCACCUGAUCGCAUUGGAUGGAGAACAGAGCCAGGAAUUAAGUCAAGAAACCCCACCUCCUGGGAGAACGGAUGCUACUUCACUGGCUAUAGCAUGAAAUCCUAUUCAAAAUCAUGGUACUUUAUAAAAUUCUGUUCAAAGUUAUGCCGCUUUUUUUAAGAAAAAAAUUCAUUAAGAAUUCAUGGAAUAGGUAACAUUUGAAGAGGUAUCAUCUAAAAAUAGGUUAUGGGUGUCACAAAAGCCUUCCUUUGUUGUUUGCUCUG